CUGUGGAGCGACGGAGAGGAGGAGCGCGCCGCAGAGCCGGGGCGAGCAGCGGGGAGUCGGGGCAGCCGGCGGCCGUUGAGGGCAGCGGACUCUCGGCGGUCGCGGGGAUCUGGAGGACGAGGGGAGCCGCCGGGGAGGAGGACUGGAGAGCCGCGCCCGCCGCGCGCGGAGCGCCCCUUCCCGCCCCCUGCACCAUGAGCUGGGGCACCGAGCUGUGGGACCAGUUUGACAACCUAGAGAAGCACACACAGUGGGGCAUUGAUAUUCUUGAGAAAUACAUCAAAUUUGUGAAGGAGAGGACAGAGAUUGAGCUCAGCUAUGCAAAGCAGCUCAGGAAUCUCUCGAAGAAAUACCAGCCUAAAAAGAACUCGAAGGAGGAAGAGGAGUACAAGUACACAUCCUGUAAAGCCUUCCUCUCCACCCUGAAUGAGAUGAAUGACUACGCGGGGCAGCAUGAGGUCAUCUCCGAGAACAUGACGGCACAGAUCAUGGUGGACCUGGCCCGCUACGUGCAGGAACUGAAGCAGGAGAGGAAGUCGAACUUUCACGAUGGGCGGAAGGCGCAGCAGCAUAUUGAGACCUGCUGGAAGCAGCUGGAGGCAAGUAAGAGGCGAUUUGAGCGGGACUGCAAAGAGGCCGACCGAGCCCAGCAGUACUUUGAGAAAAUGGACGCUGACAUCAACGUGACCAAGGCUGACGUGGAGAAGGCCCGGCAGCAAGCGCAACUGCGGCACCAGAUGGCUGAGGACAGCAAAGCAGACUACUCGUCGAUUCUUCAGAAAUUCAACCAGGAGCAGCACGAGUACUACCACAGCCACAUCCCUAACAUCUUCCAGAAAAUCCAGGAGAUGGAGGAGAGGAGGAUCCUGCGGCUUGGGGAGUCCAUGAAGAUGUACGCGGAGGUGGACCGGCAGGUGAUCCCCAUCAUCGGCAAGUGCUUGGAUGGCAUCGUGAAGGCGGCCGAGUCCAUCGACCAGAAAAAUGACUCCCAGCUGGUCAUAGAAGCCUUUAAGUCGGGGUUCGAGCCCCCAGGGGACAUCGACUUUGAAGACUACUCGCAGCCAAUGCAGCGUGCUGUGUCCGACCACAGCCUGUCCAGCUCCCGGGGGGAUGGCAAGCCAGAGCCCAAGUUUGGUGGCCGAUCCAAGGGGAAGCUGUGGCCGUUCAUCAAGAAAAACAAGCUUGUGUCCCUUUUAACGUCCCCCCAUCAGCCUCCCCCUCCUCCCCCUGCCUCUGCCUCGCCCUCUGCUCUCCCCAACGGUCCCCAGUCUCCCAAGCAGCCAAAGGAACCCCUCUCCCAUCGCUUCAACGAGUUCAUGAUCUCCAAACCCAAAAUCCACUGCUUCCGGAGCCUAAAGCGAGGGGGUGCCACACCUGAGGACUUCAGCAACUUGCCGCCCGAGCAGCGUAGGAAGAAGCUGCAGCAGAAGGUGGACGAGCUCAACAAGGAAAUGCAGAAAGAGGUGGACCAAAGGGACGCCAUCACGAAGAUGAAAGACGUCUACCUAAGGAACCCGCAGAUGGGAGACCCAGCCAGCCUGGACCACAAACUGGCAGAAGUCAGCCAUAACAUUGAGAAAUUGCGGCUGGAGACCCAGAAAUUCGAGGCCUGGCUGGCGGAGGUGGAGGGCCGGCUCCCAGCCCGCGGCGACCAGGCCCGAAGGCAGAGCGGGCUGUAUGAUGGCCAGUCAGCCCCGGCCGUCAACAACUGCGCGCAGGACCGUGAGAGCAGCCCGGAUGGCAGCUACACGGAGGAGCAGAGCCAGGAGAGCGAGGUGAAGGUGCUGGCCCCGGACUUUGACGACGAGUUCGAUGAUGAGGAGCCGCUGCCUGCCAUUGGCACCUGCAAGGCGCUCUACACCUUUGAAGGUCAGAACGAAGGCACCAUCUCCGUGGCCGAGGGGGAGACCCUGUACGUGAUUGAGGAGGACAAGGGCGACGGCUGGACCCGCAUCCGCAGGAGCGAGGAAGAGGAGGGCUACGUCCCCACGUCGUACGUCGAGGUCUAUUUGGACAAAAAUGCCAAAGAUCCCUAAAGGUGGUGCCCGCAAACCACGGCCUCGGGUGAGCCUUCCCGGAGGGACAGCUCGGGGUCUCUGUCCCCACUCCCAGGCCCCAGCGCCUGCCCUCAGCCGCCGCCCGUCUCCACCCACAGCUGCCUGCCAGCCCCCCUCCUGGGUCCCCUCCCUUCUGCCAGGAGACCCCACAGCCCCAGGCUGCCUCUCCGCACCCCACCCCCAAGCCUGGGAGGGUGCUCAGCCUGGCGCUCUGCAUUUCACACUGUGCCUUUGGUGUGGGGACUUCGGAGGGCGGAGUAGACCAAAGGGCCCACCUGACCUGGCCAUGUAGCUUAGAAAGCUGCCCUCCCCCAUGCCCGCCCGGUGAGUAUCCCGCGUCCUGUGGACCCAGGCGUGGCAUUGGCCCUCGGGACGUGCCCCAAGCUGGCUCAGAGUUUGGGUGCUAGGCGCGCAGCCCUGGUUCAAAGUCCCAUUACCGGGGUCAACUCCUCCCCCAGGGGAGAAGCCAGCCUGCCCACCCCCUACCAAGCAUGGGCUGAGGGACCCGAGGUGUCCCCUAUCUCUGCACUAAGCCCCAGAAAGGUGGGGUCCCUGUGCCCCCCCCAAUCCCCAUGUGAGCAUCUUGGGGGUUUUAGCGUAGGUAUCACCAAAUGCCGUGGGCCUUUGCCUCCUGUGCUCCAUCCCCCACCCCACUCCAGGCUGUGUGGAAUUUAGUGGGGGCCGCCUUCCCUCCCCUGCAGCUCUUGGGGUCCUUUAGGCUCCCAGGCCUGAGAAUGCACCAAGCAUCACGAGCCUGCGGGCGAGCCCCGGCCACGUGCUCCACGCAGCACUGUGGUCUGAGACAGGGACGCUGGGCUGACCACGACUGGCCCCCAGGAGCCUGGUGACUCCAUGGGGGGGGGCACAGAGGAGAGGGAGCAAGUCCUUGGGGAGCCUGCCCUUCCUCUUCCCUGGCCCAGAGCCUGAGCACCCCCACAGUCCCACCCCCCACACCUGCUGGGACCUCAGGGCUCCCUUCCUGCCCUGCAGUGGGGACCUGCCUGUGGUGACGGGGACAGCCCAGGCCUGGCCGCUACCCCUGUGGAGCACUGGGAACCGCCACCGCCACGCCCGGGGAAGCUGAGCAGCUCCUGGAGCCGGAUUCCCACACCUCGACAGCCAGGCUGGACAAGCCUCUGGCGUGGCAGGGGCAGAGGUGGCCGCCGUGGUCAGUGCCCCACCUGGCAGCUGCAGGAUCCAGUGCGUGGCACCUGCUGAGUGUCCCCGCUCCUGGCCCCUGCACCGCCUCUGGAGUCCCGCACCUCGUGUCCACUCCAGUAAUGAGCUGGCCCUGAGGGAUGAGCUGGCGGGCCUGGGAAAGGUGGUGCUUUCCAGCAGCUGAGAUGGGCCUCCCUCCCUGCAUCCUCCUGGGAGCUGCUCACCCCUUCUCCCUGGUACCUGCCCAUCCAUCGCUCACUCAUCCACCCGUAGUGUAAGACUGACUAAACACCUGCCCUGGAAAUGACUUUGAGAUGAAGGGGAGGGACUCGUCUAUGCCCCAUCUUUCCUCUGCAGGGCUGGGGGGAGGGGACGUUUAUAAGGCAUGGAAAGCUGCUGGGGGAUUCCUACUGGCUCGGUAAACACUGCCCUGCCCCUUGCUUUUGGUGACCUGGUAUGGUAAUGUUUGCACAACAUGCAGAAGUUAUGUUC